AUGUAUAACCAUAACCCGAACAAUGGCAUCAUCCUGGUGGAAGUGUCAGAAGACGUGGACCCGGAGCAAAUGAUCUUCGGCCAGCAACGGCAGCCCUUCCCCAAGAUCUUGCAGCCAGAGCUGUUGGAGGCCUUGGACUCCCUAGGCUUUCGGCAUGCCACCCGCAUCCAGGCGACGAGCAUUGACUCCAUUUUGUCGGAUGACCGGCGCGCAGUGAUCCUCAGCUCGGAGACCGGCUCAGGCAAGACCUUGGCAUACUUGGUGCCGGCCUUCGAGCUGAUUUUGCGGCGCCCUCCCCGACAGACAGGGGCGUCGAACCCGGAAGUGCUGAUCAUGGUGCCGAGCCUGGAGCUGGCGGUGCAGGUCUCGCUGGUGGCCCAACAGCUCGCGCAGGCGAGCGAGAUGUGA